CCGCCGAAGAAGCGCGUGCUGAGUAAGAAGCGGGGGAUCUUCUAAGGGCGACGGCGGACGGCAAGAUGGGGCUUUGUUACGCUUUCGAUGAAGCUUUGGUGCUUUUUUACUCCUCCUCCUCCUCCUCCUCCUCCUCCUCCUCCUCCUCGCACCUCUCGCAUCCUCUCGUCCUCAUCUUCGUAUCCUCUUGCGUCUCAUCUCUUUACCUGGUCGGCACACAUGUGGGACGCUUCCCUGUAUUUUUAUGCAUUUCCUCCUUCAUGAUUAGUCGUAUCGUCUCAUCGACAUCACGUAGAUACUUGCAACCUAACUUACUCCCUCGACCUAACUUUCUCCCCUCGACCUAAAUUCCUCCCCUCGUCUGCUUCUUCCGGCCUGCUACCCCUCACGAACCGUGACGACUGGCUUCGCAUGGACCCUUGUAGAUACGUUGACGAUUUUUUUGUGAUUGGUGGCCGGAAUGUUAUGCUGAUAAUCACUCGAUGCUCGACUAAAGUUCGAAGGCGCAGGGC